AUGCCGGCGUCAGUAUCUUCCAAAUCCUCGAAUGAGGUCAAGGCCGAAAAAGCAGCCGCCAACAAUGCCAACGAGAACGGCGCUCGCGUUCUCCAUCAGCCGGCGGAGCUCAUCAACGAGGAUGACGCCAUGCUCGCAUCCCGUAUGGGCCACAAGUCCGAGUUUGCCCGAGAGUUCAAGAGCUUCUCCACCAUCUCGUACGCGUUUGCCAUCAUGGGUCUCGUCUCGUCGGUCGCUACCACCUUCAACAGUCCUUUCACUCUCGGUGGUCCUGCUUCGACCGUCUGGACGUGGGCCAUCGGCUCGUGCUUCAACAUGACGCUCGGUCUCGCCAUCGCUGAGCUCGUCUCGGCCUAUCCUUCUGCGGGUGGUCUCUACUCGGCUUCUGGUCUGCUCGUUCCUCGAAACCAGCGCGCUUUUGUCGCUUGGUUGACAGGAUGGCUCAACUUUACCGGACAGAUCGCCGGUAUCGCCGGUACCGAGUAUGGUUUGUCGCAGAUGAUCUUUGCAUGGGCCUACGUGAUCACCGACGGCCGCUACGUUGCCUCGACGGGCGCCACCGUCGGCCUCUACAUUGGUCUGCUCGCCCUGCACGGUCUCAUCAACUGCUUUGGUAUCAAGACGCUCGCCCGUCUCACGUCCUCGUAUGUCAUCGUCAACCUUGGUAUCACCCUCAUCAUCAUCAUUGUCGUGCUCGCCAAGACGCCUCUCGACCAGAUGCACUCGGCCUCUUACACGUUCACCGAUGUUAACAAUGGCAGCGGCUGGAGCAGCAGCGGUCUCGCCUUCUUCUUCGGUCUCUACUGCGUUCAGUUCGUCAUGACCGACUACGACGCCACCGCUCACAUCUCUGAGGAAGUUUCGCGUGCUGCCAUCGCCGCUCCCGUCGCCAUUGUGGUCGCCGUUGCCGGCACCGGUGCGCUCGGAUGGGUGCUCAACAUUGUCAUGGUGCUCGUCAGCGGUGAUGUCGCGACUCAGGACAUCUCGACGUGGCCUGGUGGCCUCGCGUUCGCACAGAUCCUGUAUUUGCGUGCUGGCAAGGUCGGCUUCCUGAUCAUCUGGCCCUUCGUCUGCUCUGUCGCCUUCUUCGUCGUCACCACUGCGCUCCAGGCCAACGCCCGUUCCUUCUACGCCUUUUCGCGUGACAACGCCCUGCCCGACCGCGGAUUUUUCGCCAAGGUCAACAAGCGCACCGGUACCACCAUCAACGCCGUCUGGCUCGUCGUCAUUCCCUGCAUGGCGCUCGGCUGCCUCGCAUUCGCCUCGUAUACGGCCGUCACCGCCAUCUUUGCGCUUGCUGCCCUCGGUAUGGACAGCAGUUACCUCGUGCCCAUUGUGGCGCGUUGGAUCUACUGGGACCACCCAGACGUUCAGUUCAAGCCCGGUCCGUUCACUUUGGGACGUGGUAUCCUCGGCAAGACGGUCAACACCAUCGCUAUCUUCUGGACGUGCUUCGAGUGCAUCAUCCUUGCCAUCCCCACGGUGCAGCCAAUCACUCAGUUCAACUUCAACUACUCUUGGGUCAUCAUGGUCGGCGUGCUGCUCAUCGCCACCGUCUGGUUCGUUGCCUACGCGCACAAGCACUACCAAGGUCCCCGAAGCACACUGUCUCAGGAACAGAAGGAGCAGCUCGGUGUUGUUUCCCGUGACGAGGAGGAGAUCCACCACUAG